AUGGAAAACCUUGAAAAACUUGAUCUGUCGAGAAACCGCCUUCAUGGCAAUCUACCUUCCUCAAUAUUCUCAAAUCAUAGCACGAUUGUGGUGUUCAAUGUUUCGGAUAAUCAAUUAGACGGCAAUAUUCCCUCUUAUCCAGGGAUAAUUCAACAGUUUAAUCUUUCAAAUAAUCGCCUUCAGGGUAAUGUGCCUUCAUCAAUAUUCUCUAAUCAAAGCCAGAUUUCCUUGUUCGAUGUUUCUGGUAAUCAAUUAGAAGGGCUGGUGUCAUUUUCCAUGUUUGCCAAUUCUUCAAGUCUCGAUUACCUUGAUCUUUCAAGCAAUCAUGAGUUGGAAGUUGAAACUGAGUCUCCCUCGUGGAUCCCUACCUUUCAGCUAACCACACUGAACUUGGCGAACUGCAACCUCAACAAGAAGAAUGGUCAUGUUGUCCCGAGCUUCAUCUCCACCCAGAUUAACUUGCAGUACCUGGACUUGUCGUACAACUCCUUAGAAGGAGGCAUACCAUGUCAACUGUUCUUUAACACCAACACCACAGAGUUAUACUUGAGAAGCAACAAAAUUGAAGGUUCUUUUCUUGAUUGCUUCAUUAAUGGAACUUCAAGCCUUCGAUCAUUUGACAUAUCUGAUAAUCACGUUAAAGGUCCCCUUCCUGAAAAUUUUGGAAGUCUUUUUUCAUCCUUAUAUCAUGUUGACAUGUCCUCAAAUGAACUAGAAGGCAAAAUUCCUUCAUCCUUUGGUAGUAUGUCUCUCGAAAUAUUAGACCUUUCUAACAACAUGCUCUCGGGAACAAUACCACCAAGUUUGACUGGAAAUGACACCCCACUGGUAUAUUUAAAUUUGUCAAACAACACCCUGCAAGGAGAAAUGCUCCCAAGGGACUCCAACAUGACAAAGCUUGAGUGCUUAUAUCUUAGCGGCAAUCACUUUGAAGGAAUAAUCUCGCCCGCGAUAUCGAACAGUCCCAGCUUGGUAAUCCUAGAUGUUCGUGACAAUUACUUGUCUGGUAAAAUUCCUAAGUGGUUGUAUGAUCAUCGUCACUUGGUAGCCGUUCUUUUAAGUGGAAAUCACCUUGAAGGUCACCUAACACAAAGAUUGUAUCGAAUGCAAAGACUGCAAGUUUUUGAUGUCUCUCGUAAUCGUCUUUAA